AUGCGCUCCUAUGCUAUCUUCGCCCUGGCAGCUGCCAUCGGCCUCAGCGCCGUGAGCGCGCAAGACGUCUACGAUGGCGACUACCCCUCCGCCUGCCAGGACUCUUGCGGCGCGGUCGUAUCCCAAGGCCAGACUUGCGACGACCAGAACGACGAGGACGAUGCGGAAGUGCAGUGUCUGUGCAAUGCUCAGAACAUGCAGAACUUGAUUCCGCAGUGCCAGCAGUGCAUUCGGCAGAACAGCAAUGAUAAUGAUGAUCUUGAAGACAUCAACGAACUCCUCAACGCCUGCGGCUUCUCCAUCUCUACCCCCACUGGCAGCGCUUCUAAGGCACAAGCAACUGUCUACACCACCACACGCACAGAGACGGACACCGAAAACGACGACAACGAGACUGAAACCGACGUCGACAUCGAAGUGAUCACAUCUACCAUUCGCAACGGCAACGCUUCGCCUACCGCUCAGAUCGUGACGACCACGGACAGCGAUGGCUCGACCACUGUGCUCACUACUACUACUGGCGGUGCUGCUGCUACGGGUGGUGCUGCUGAUUCGUCGGGUUCGGCGGGUAUGGCUGUUGCGACUGCGGCGCCGUUGUUGGGGGCGGGGGCUGCUGGGGUGAUGGCUGUGCUUGCGGCGUUGUAG